CUCUUUCAGUUUCGUUUCUGUUCAGCCAGCUGGUAUGCUUGAAAAAGCAAUGAGAGGCGUUUGCUUUCCAAACGUCAGAGGACCGGAGCAGUCAUUACUGCGUUUUCUUUUGAGUGUUCAGCAGAACUUCAGUGCAAAGCCGCGAGAUGGAAGAGAUUCAGCUGCGAGACUACCAGAAGGAGGUGGUACAGCCAGCUCUGGAGGGUAAGAACAUCAUUAUCUGGCUCCCAACGGGAGGAGGGAAGACCCGCGCCGCAGUCUAUGUUGCCAAGAGACACCUGGAGACCAAACCCCGGGCCAAGGUGGCUGUCCUGGUUAACAAGGUCCACCUGGUGGACCAGCACUACUCCAAAGAGUUCCAUCCCUUCCUGGGGAAGACUUACAACGUGCAGAGCAUCAGUGGUGACUCCGCCCAGAAGGACUUUUUUGCUCCCGUGGUGCGUGACAGUGACGUGAUCGUCUGCACUGCCCAAAUCCUUGAGAACGCCCUGAGGAGCACCGAGGAGGAGAAGCACGUGGAGCUCACAGACUUCACUUUGCUAAUCAUUGAUGAGUGUCACCACACCCACAAGGAAAGUGUCUACAAUAAAAUCAUGGAGCGCUAUGUGGAGCACAAGCUGGAGGGAAAAGCAGGGCUGCCUCAAGUGCUAGGCCUCACUGCCUCUCUUGGGACAGGAGGCGCACGGACUCUCGAAAAGGCCAUUAGUCACGUGUUCCAGAUCUGUGCCAACCUGGAUGCCACGGCCAUCAUGUCCUCAAAGGAGAAUGCCAGAGAGCUGGAGAAGAAAGUCCCAAAACCCAGGAAGCAGUACGACAUUGUGGAGAAGAGAUUUCUGGACCCCUUUGGGGACUACCUGAAGGACAUGAUGGGUCUCAUUCAUGACUUCAUGGGGACAGAGGAUGUUAGCAGGAGCUUCGGUAGCCAGGAGUACGAGGAGGAAGUGGUUCUGCUGCAUAAAAAAGGGAGAGUGGAGAAGAACAGGAUGCUGGCCCAGUGUGCAUUGCAUCUGCGUCAGUAUAAUGACGCACUGCUGAUAAAUGACACGGUCCGCAUGGAGGAUGCUUUCAAGGUGCUGGAUGAGUUCUACAGCAGUAAGCAGGCAAGCCGGAUUGGACUGGAUGGUACCGAUGAGUACCUUUUCAGCCUCUUCCGGGAGCAUAGAUUCCAGCUGGAGGCACUGGGACAGAUGCCUGACUAUGAGAACCCCAAGCUUGGCAAACUGCAGGAUAUCUUGCUGGAGCAGUUUAAGGGAGACACGACAGCCCGAGGCAUCCUAUUCUCCAAAACGCGCAAGAGCACCCAGUGUCUCCUGGAGUGGGUCACCUCCAGUCCUGAGAUGCAGGCCGCUGGCAUCAGAGCCGCCAUACUGACUGGGGCCGGCAACCUUGCCAACCACAUGAGCCAGGGGGAACAAAGGGAGACCAUCAAUAAGUUCCGCACUGGUCUCCUGAACCUGCUGGUCUCCACCAGCGUGGCUGAAGAGGGUCUCGACAUCGCUGAGUGCAAUCUGGUGGUGCGCUACGGGCUGCUGACCAAUGAGAUCGCCAUGCAGCAGGCCAGCGGGCGGGCCCGCGCGGAGGACAGUGUGUAUUCAGUGGUGGCACAAGCAGGGGGGCGGGAGGUGUCCAGAGAGCGCACUAAUGAGUACCUGGAGGAGCUCUCGAAGAAAGCCAUUGCAGAAGUGCAGAGCAUUCGGCCCCGGGACUUCCGCAUUAAGGUUUUUGAGCUGCAGAAGGAAGUGGCCAUUAUGCGGCGGCUGGCGGAACAAAAAGCCGGGGAGAAGAAAAGCCUCAACCAGGCCGCCAGCGUCCGCCUCCGCUGCUGCCUCUGCGACGCCGCCGUCGCCCUUGGCAGCGACAUCCAGCUCAUCGAAGGCGCGCACUACGUCAUCGUCAACCCCGACGUCAGGAAAUGCUAUCGUUUGGGCGGACAGAUAGUCCUGAAUAAGACUUUUGAGGACUGGAAGCCCGGGCGGAAGAUCAGCUGUGCGGCCUGUGGGCAGGAGUGGGGCAUGGAGAUGAUGUAUAAGAGCGUAACUCUGCCAAACGUGGCCAUCAGGAACUUUGUCCUGGAAACGGCUAAUGGCAGGAGGACGGCCAAGAAGUGGAAGGGUGCGCAAUUCCAUGUGGAAGACUUCUGCUACACUGAGUACUGCGAGAAGAAUGUCUUCUCGAAAUGACCUAUCUUCAUUCCCUUUUAAGGGCUGUGCACAUUGCGCUGGGCAUGCUGCAAAUUUCUGUAGUCUACCACUGCAAUGGAAGACGAGGAUAAUGAUACACUAAUCACAUGUUUCUCACAAGACAUUCUUUUGCGGGAGGUGCACUUUUUUUAAAAAUUGAAUUUAAUGGAAUCUCAUAAAUAAGAGAAAUUUGUUCAAAUUUGUUCAAAUUUUCUUCUGCCUGAAUUAGAACAUUGCCUAAACCAUUUAUUAUGGGUCCGUCCGGCUUCCAAAUCAGCAUAGGUUUGAAUUGUAUUACGGACUCAUCGACAUUGCUAAGCAACAAAACAGCAAGUAUAUCUCCACAUGACAUAGCUACGUACAGAAUCUAAAAAGAACAUGCAUAUAGAUGGGCAUAGAAGAGAUAAAACCUGAUUUCCACCUCACAUAUGAUUAGUAACUGGCCAACAUAUGACGUACUGCUUAGAGAAAAUCAAGAUUGGCUGAAAAUGGUUACUCUUCCCUAUUGACCUGACAACAUUGACAAAAUAAGAGUCUUUUUAAAACAUACCGAAACCACAACUGAUCCAAUACUGCAUGCCUACCGGGAUCUUCCUAAUUGGUUGCUGGUUUAAACAUUCAUGCACAGUAUGCUCUUUAGAACCAACAGUGUUUUGUCCUGCAAAUAUUGUAGACAUUAACAAUUUAUGCAGUUAUUUUUCAUUACCUCCGUUAUAACUGUCAAGGACAAGGCAAUACACGUUCAAGCUAAUAAAAAAAUUUCUUCCAGUAAGAUACGUGAGGCUGCUCACUUUUGUUGGUAUCUACUAAUACAUAUAGGAAUUGGUAAUGAUUAUUACCAGUUUCACUCGAUUGCUAAUUUUUCUACAUUUUUGUUUUAGGUUGAUGGAUAUGUGUAUUACAUGUUAGAUUUAUUAUGGCAAAAAGAGAUUGUUGCAAAAUAUUGAAUUAGUCAUCAAACUGUUUAUAAAAGGAGUCUAUCCAUAAUUUGUGCUAGUACUAUUGCUGUCAUUUUAACUACUGUCUAUUAAAAUUAAUUUAAAAUGA